GAGGAUCAAGCCAAUGUGCGGAUUUGGCUUCCUCAGACUGCUGUUCGUCCCGUCCUUGCCCCAGCCGCUGCUGCCGACGUGGGGCGGUCAGGUGUUUUAUUCUGAGCCGCUGGAGUUGUGAAUGUCCCGAGGCAUUGAACGUUCUACAUAAGAAUGGAACUCCCCAACCAACUGUAGCCAUCUCGAGAAACUGGGAAGCUGGCUCUAUUUUCCUCCCCCGGACUCCUCCUUGCAACUCAAUCAAAAAUGGCUGACUCCGGAACUACCUCUCCACCGCCGCUACCUCCUACCCCCCUGACCGGUUGGGAAGCAAUAGAUGAACAGCGUAGUUUUUACCAUGAGCAGGAUUGCCUGUACCCGGGCAACAACCUCGUGAGUGAAAAGCUAAGGAAUAGACAGGACGACGAAGUUGUGAUUUUCGAUUAUUCACUCGACCCGGAUUAUCUGAGCGACGAGAGUGACGAAUUUCCCUUGGAGCAGUCUAACGCAGAUGAUAUAUUCUUUCGAGUGUCGAAAGAGCAGGUGGGGUCCGACCGAUUUAACCAAAUAAUCAAUUUCACCCGAGGGACUCAGCCGGGGGAGGAGGGGACACGGGGACAACGUUUGGCUAUUAUGUAAGUGUAUCUCCCCAGACUCCUCCUUCUCAUUGCCCAUCCGGGCUAUGAAGAAUGCUGUGCUGCAUACACUCCAAUGGGAGUCGAAUUUACCUUCCGUGUCCUAACUUUUGAGGGGGGUUUUUCUUCAAGAGACUUUCCCCAAUGUUAUGAUACAAGCGUGAGUUUUUAUACGCUGCCGUAAUUUAUCCUCUAAGGCGGUUUCUUACUAGAAGUAGGAUGAGGGUACACUAAACUCGAUGGCGGCUGGACUCCACCUUCCAAGCGAACCCGACAGUACUUUCGGGAAAGCACACUCCGGGAGAGUUCUGGGACUUCCUGGUCCUAAGGAUUUUAAAACAGGUAUUUCAUUAAGGGCACCUUUCAAAGAACCAUCAGAGGUGCCCAAGUCAGGUCUAUCGGAAGGUCGAUUCAUCCUUUUUGCAUCAUUUCCAUAUUUCGGAGAACAUGACAGAAACGUUCCAUUGGGUGCAAGGAGCGAGCGCGAGAGUGUUAGGCUCUUAGAAUUCAAACGCCUGGGAGCUAGGGUUCCCGGCCGUAGAGCCUCGGCGGGUAAGCAGAAGGGCAAGGAGAAGGAGGGGGAAAAUGAGAAGGAAGAGGUGGGGGAGGACGAGGUAGAGGAGGAGAGAGAUGAUAUAGGUGAUAUAUUAGUGCAUCAGGCACGAUAUAUGAUAUUUGAUAACUGUAAGCCGUACACAUUUCCCUACUGAAGACCCAAACAUCUUUGCUAAGUGAUUUUCGAAGAUACUAUGGCGACAUUCAGGUCCAAGGAGGACAGUGCCAAUUGUCGAGUCCCACUUCACCGCUAUCAGGAACGCGUCGGUGCCUUUCGUGCAAUGAUUCAUAUGAUUGCUAAUCGUACGGACUUGGAAUUAUGGACAUUGGAGAAGCUUCAAGCCUCCUUAUGCAAGCUAGUUAGUCCACCCAAGCCUUGGGUCAAAGGAAUCUAGCAUUAAUUUUGAGGACGAUUAGGAGAAGGAUAUCGAUCGAAUGAUAUUAGAUGCAAAAACUUACGAGAAUACACUAGGGAUAGAGAUGACUAAUGCUGAUGAACUGUCACCAGAACAAUUGGAAGAAGCAAACAGACUUAGUGGGAGAGAGAGAGAGAGGUGGAGGGAGGAUUGCGAGCGGGAUAAUCUUCAGAGGAGAAAGCAGAGGAAGGUCCGAGACCUACUCGCAUCUCUCAACAGGCUUUCGGCUGCUUUUUUCGCUGCUAUCAGCGUAGCUGAACGACAGAUUGCCAUUCUCUCGGAUCUACAUAGCGUGUUUUCCGCAAGCUGCCGAACAAAAACUAAAGCUAGGGUGGGGGGUGGCUCGUGGCGGCCGAAUUCUUUCCACAAGAAUAUUGUCCUGAUCCCUAUCCUUUCGGAAAAUCGCGAGCAGAUAUGGCCGAGCACCUUGGAUACUAUUGACGAGGUGGUUCGAGAGAGGGAAUCUUUCAUCAAGAAAAUCAAGGGGCUGGUAGAAAAUUUGGAUGUUAGGAGAAAAAUUGUAUAGUUCUUAUAUCCGAACUCACGCCAGGAAUGCUAACGACUCGACAGUUUUCUGGAUUCAUGAAGUCUGAUCAAGCUAAAGCGGCACCGUCUGAGAGAACAGCCCAGCAAGCUGCAGAGGCUAUGAAGGGGACUAAAGAUGCUAUCGAGAAAACUCAUGAGCAACUUAUGCAGCAAGUGCAGACGUUAUCUGGUUUCACCAUUGUGACUACAGCGUUUCUUCCUCUCAGCUUUUGUACUUCGGUAUUUUACCUCCUGGUCCUUAUAUGAUUAUUUUCUGACAAAAUACCCUAACAGUACUACGGCAUGGGCACCAUAAAGGAAUUCGAGAACAAGGUCUCCCUACAAGAUUUCUGGCUGGCCACAGGCCCAGUGUUAGUGGGGAUAUUGCUGCUAACAGCGGUGGUCGUCGGCUGGAAACGCUCAGUAAUGAAAACACCCAGAGCUGCUUUGGGAAGGGGAUUUCGUUCCGUUGGAAGGAGAUUUCUUUCUGUCGGAAGGAAUCUAUUAUGUCUUUCUAACAAGGGAGGGCUGGGUGAUGCCGAGAGGGGCGAUAACGGCACACAGGCUUCGGGAUAGGUCGCACAGCUGGAAAUAGCCACGUCUCCAAACCCCACUUCGCAAAACUAUGGGGCGUAAAGAACCUGAUCGUCAACUCUGCUCUUCCAUCAAGAGAGCAGCAGUGGCAACUAUUGCGAUCUGAAAAGUAAGGACUGGGGAAAUCGCGAGGUGGACAAGAGCUGUAACCCCCAAACUCUGUCUGUGCCCUAGAGGAAGUAGUGGAAAUCUCCGGGUUGAAGGAUACCUGGACUGAGAGAAGAUUUGUUUCUUUAAUAAGUAUUUUUAAACCCCAUUUUGUUAAUUAUGCUUGAUGAGGUGAGGGGGCUACUUAUAGGAUUGUAUAUUUUAUUACUAGCUGUCUGGAGAUAUGUACGGUUAUCAAAGGUGGUGACGGGACGGGCCUUUGUAUGGUGACAUUAUUUAAAGAAUACUAUGGCUAGCCACCCU